AUGACGUCUCUUCCAGCUCCCAAUAUUGGUAGCGGUAGCGUUAGUGGUGCCAACGGCCAUAGACAUCGCCCAGUCGACAAUACCUCUAACAGCAAUGACCAUGGCUUGCAGCCGCCGCGUGACCUGUGUCUGUCCGAGCCGCCCAUCUCGCCGGCUGUGACUACUGGGACAGCAUCGUCUGGAAACUUUACCGACAUCCAUAUGCGGCAGCUGAUCCGACCGAAAAGGUUUCGAGUGCUCUCGAACGCCUCAAGCAUCCUCAGCGAUAUAUUCAACCAUCCAGACGCCCAUGAAGACGAGCUAAAAACCAAGAUUAAGGACGCAAACGACCGCGACCGUGAAGCUCUCUUCAGGAUGAAUGAGUCUCUUCGGAGCACGCCGCCCCCUCCUCCUCCUCCUCCUCCUCCCGAGCCUUUGCCCACCCAGAAAGACCAAGGCAAUGCUGACGAUAAGAAACAUCGUGGUGGGCUUUGGAGACUGUUCAAGAGGAAGUCCUCCAAAUCCACAAAGAAAAGGGCACCGCCCAAGAUUGUGGUACCAGAACGCCCAGCUGCAGGUAGAGCCACUACAACCACACAUAUUACGGAAGACGGCCAUCGACAAACUGUUAUUUCCAUUCCCGCCCAGCGCACGUUCAACCUGGGCCCAGUCCCCAGGUCGCCUGGCUUUGGUUUUUUGUCACCCAAAUCCCCCAUCACUGGGACUCCCAUCAGACCGCCUAGGCCCAGCAUUGGUCUAGAGACUUUAGUGGAGCAACAAGAGUCAAACGAGCGACAAAUCCCAGUCCUGGCCAACACACCUGUCAUACCUCCGAUUAACGACGGGGUGGGCAUAUCACCUCUGCUUCCCGCAGAGGGAUUCAACCGCCUUCAGCGGGUGUCGGGCUUUAUAGCCCCAUCGGCCGAGCCACUGCCUCCUCAAACCCAGAAAGCUUCGGUUGAUGUUGAUGAUGGCCCUGAUAGUUCAAGCUCGCCAAAGCUGACAUCUUGUCAAGACCAUACUCUACCCAAGUUUUUCUCGCCGACUAGCUCUUUUCAUUUGAGCGUCUGCCUGUCGACGGCACAGUCUAGCCUCGAUCGUCGGUCUAAGAUGAGUUUCGGAUUCAAGCUGCCUGACCACCCAGAUCGUACCGAAGAAUCUUUGGAUAGGGAAGUUGGCAGUGGUGAGAUUUUGGCAGAAGUUUCUGAGCCAUCGUCAUCCGAUAUCUCCCAUCACAGGCUGGAUACCACUACUGGGAGAGGCAGUGUUGGAUCAGCGGAUGUAAGCUCAUUUUCGUGGGUGGCUACUCCUGCUGACAAACUCGGAGCGUUGCCGGACCACCAAUUGAAACCACAACCAAGUCUCUGGUCCAACAAAAGCUUCACGAAGAGAAAGCCGCGAAAGCGAAAUGAUUCUCUCGAUGGCGAAAGUGUCAAGACGGAUGGGAACCAGUCGGCAGCGUUCCACACUUCGCCUGAUCUGCCGGCAGAGUACUCGACCGAGCCUGAUGCAGAGGCGUUGAGCUCGGCGCUCGGAAAGGUCGAGGCUGUACAGAUACCACCGCUACGCUUCUCAACGGUGAUGAUCGUAGCUGACCUGAAUCCCUUGUCAUGCAGGAGCAGCAUUAGCUUGGGACCGUCGCAGCCAGAAGGGACGAAUCGACAAGAUGGCGAACUUGAACAGGCGUCAGAUAUUGUCGUGACAGAUUCUUUUCAGGCACCCAGUUCAGUCGUCGACUCAAAGACUCCACAGACAACUCCUCUGCCAGCACCUUCCAACAAUCUGAACAAGUCCCUCCAGCUAAGAAGGACCAGCCAAAUCAUCUGUCCACCCUUACGGCUCUCCUCCUCCUCCGACUAUCACUUCAGUAAAAGAGGCGUUCCAUGCUCCGGCUCUCAUAUCGAUCUCCUGCAGCAAUGCGAGGAGUUCCGUCACUCCAAGAAAAAGGAACUCGAUAUCCUCCGCAACCGACUUCGUCAGCUGGAAAACAGAAACAGUUGGUUGCUGACCGCCGUGACGAAGCAACUUCCUGGCGGGUACGAGUAUCAAGUCGACGACUAUGAUGAUAUGGAGGAGAGGGGUCGACACCACCAGCACAACAUUAUUACAACCAGCACAGUCUCGACCGGCAAUCGCGGGUCAAUGACCUCUCAACACACCUUCGGCAACACCACCAUCAACGACAGUGUCACCGGCACCACCGGCUUUAGUAGCAGUAAUCUGACGACAGGAUCACGACUGCCAUCGCCCGCACAGCACUUGCAACAUCCCCGCUCCAACGCGAGCCCUGCUACGACUAGCAAUUCCAGCAGCAGCACCAGCAGUAGCAGCACCAAUACCUCCUUGUCCGCUCAGCCAACGCUCACACCGGUACCAAGCCCAACACCGCAUUCGAAGCCGACACUUGUCACUCGCUCGAACAAUACCUGCAGCACGAUUACCAGUGGCGGCGGUCGGGCGUUCCCGUUGGUGACGAGUCACAAGGAUACAAGCACCGCUCGCAGUACAUACACAGCCAUAUCGCAACCAACACAACCCCCUCCUGUUCCUCUUCCCGCCCCUCGUCGCGCACGAAGUCUACCCCGCGAUCCUCGACUUGGUUCGUUUUCCUCCCGAUCCCGAUCCGUGGACAACAAGCACGACUACAGACACAAUCGUACUGAUAAUAGCCACGCUCACACCAGCGGUCCCGCCAACUCCUGCUCAAUAAGCGAUGGGAUCGACGGUGACAAGAAAAUGGCAAACGGUGUCAACAAUGGUAACGGCAGUGAAAGUGGCAGUGGCAGUGGCAGCAGAAGCACAAGCGCCUCCCGAGGCCCCGCGCCCUUCCCUCCAUCCUUGACCUACAACGGCCUUCUCCCCGACACUGCAGCGCGAAGACGAGAGAAGAGAGAAUACAGAAAGAAGCAAGAAGAGAUUAUGAGGCGGCUCGCCGAUACUCCUCUCCGCGGGGUUCAGCAAACGAUGACUCUACAUGCUUCGUCUUCCUCGUCCUCUUUAGGAGCGGUGGUACGUCAACAACAAGGAAAACCCUCGGGUGCUUCCAUUUCUUUCACUUCGGCGAAUUCGACAGCUUUGUAUAAUGGGAGUUCCUCUGGUUCUGGUUACGACAGUGACCAGGGAUAUAGAGGACACAAUGGAAACAGCAGACACCAUGUCCAUGAUGGCCGCGAUCCGUUGACGAGGCUACGGGACUUGAGGGAAAAUGUGGGAAUGGCGAUUAGUGGAAUUGGAAUUGGACUGGCGGUUACUAGCGAUGAGGAUGGGUAUAUUUAUGAUGGCCAUGGUGUUUCCUACCAGUACCACGAGGAUGAUGCCCUUGGAUAUGACAGUAACGUAUCUGGGUAUGAUGCUUACAGACACGAUAGUUACGGUGGCUAUGAUGGGGAUGGUUAUGGGGCCGCUUCUGGUGAUUUGGGACAUGAGGCGGGUCGAGGAGAAGAGGAAGCGCAGGACGGAAGGGAUGCAAAAGCAGAGAGACAAUACACCCUCUCGAACUCCUCUAGCCUCUCCAGGCACCACUACCACCACCACCACUAUUACCACCGGAACCGAGACCAACGCAACAAUUCCCCACCACCGUUUUCGCUGCCCUCGUGGCCAUCACUACCCUCGCUUCCCUCAUUACCCUCGUUAUCUGGCCCAAGUCGCUCUAGUUUGGAAACGGAAGAAUGGUUCCCUUCCAUUUAUCAAGCUCACACUCAACAAACAGAAAAUCAGUCGGAGGACACAUCCAGUGACUAUGAACCCGCCAACAGCGACAACACAACGAAUACCCAAAGAUCCAAACGAGCCCUCAGGAGAAAAACGACCAUUGUCGCGUCAAACGGUACCGAAGGAAACACUAACCGAAACGGAUGGGACACCCUCGAGCCGCUGAUGCGUGAGUUGACCGGUAACGGCGACGGAAACGAACCCAGCGGAGCCAUUGGAACCGCGGUGAGUACAAGCGGUAUUGAUGACGACGAGCAAAAGAUCAAUCGUAUCGUCCAUGAGGGCCAUGAGGGGGAGGCUAGACAGCUGGUAGACAACAACGGCGAUAUCGGAUUUGGUCCGAUGGAUGAGAAGGAUUUGGAGGAGGAGACGGAAACGAUGAGCAGGAUAAGGGCAUACCGUGCCAGUCUCUGUGCCGAGUUGCGAGCGUUGGAGGCUUCGGUCAAUCUUUUGCAUGAAACUAGGUAG